AUGGGCGGUACUGUGAAAGCUCCGAAAAAACAUCCUAAGCGUCUUCGCCAGGCAAAACAGAAGUCGGUGACGUUCACGGGAUGCUGGACCUGCAGGUCUCGGAAGGUCAAAUGUGAUGAGCGUCAACAGAAUGGAUGUGGAGUCUGCCAGAAAUCCGGCCUGGAAUGCGCCGGCUACGGUGUAAACUUGUGCUGGAUGACGGAUAAUAAACGGGAUCUUCAGGGACUCCAACGCAGACAGAUUAGACUAGAACAAUCUACUUCUCCAAGCAUCUCAGAACAGGAAAUCAACCGAAUAAUAUCCUCGCUUGACUCGAUUUCCUCGCCACCGCACACCGUCACUAUAGGACCAUUUGCCAUAUUCUCCAUAUGGGAACACGGCGGCAAUGAAUAUGUCGAACCCCACGCUUCGUUGGAGAAAAAUGAUCAGACCCAGGACUGGGGCUCUGGGAUCACUCCUAGUCAGUUGGACCCAGUUGGGCUGUCCAGCGAACUGUUUGAAACGCUUUCAGAUGACCGUGUCACUUCCGAUGUGGAAACUCGCGAACUAGAUCUUUCAUCGAACUGGGAGUCAUUACUAGGGAUGGUCGAUACACCAAAUUCGUCAAGGCAAUCAUACUCCAAAGGACUGUCGCUCGCAAUACUGCCAUCACCACACAUCGAGCUUUCGAUACCAAUCUUCAAAGAUUCCAACACAUCCAUGCUUAUGUAUCACUAUAAAAAUCAUGUUGCAGAACUCCUACAGCCAGUCUUCCACCCGAGGAACCCUUGGCGAACAACAUAUCUCCCUUUCGCUCUUGAGGGCUGCCCUGAUUUGUGUCUUGUCCAAAACACCGUACCUUCUUCCGUAUAUUAUCAUCGGCCGCAUUCCAUCUCCGGAAUGUCAUGGGGGGGCUCAAGAGAAUACCACAAUCUUGGUCUGCAGCACCGGGCUAAAGCUUUACGGGCACUCAAAUCUUCACUUGUAGCGCCCAAAGACUCCCAGCAAUAUACUGUCUAUCUGACAGCAAUGCUAUCCUUGGUCACAAUUGAUACCAUGACGGGCGAAGACUCGGAUUUCCCAAUUCAUCUGAAGGGUUGUCGUCAGCUGCAAAGACCAGAUCAUGCCACUGAAUCGCCCGAUGACUCCACCCAGCAGGUCAGCAGUAUUUGUCAUUUCCUAAGUCUCCUGGCUCGAACGACAGCACACGAGUUGGACCCUAGACCCUGGACACCGGAAGGUCCGUUUUUUGAGCAGCCUUAUUUUCACAAUGACGACAUUAACAUCCAAUACAUGUAUGGGAUAACCCCAUAUCUGGGAAAUCUGCUGCAGAGAACCUGUCAGUUGGCCGAGUAUCUGGUCUUCUACCAGGACGUUGAAAUGCCAACGAUUUUACUCGAAGCAUGUUCGAUAUUGCACGAUGAAAUCUUCUCGUGGGAUAUAGAGUCCGAGUCUUUUGAUCUCGUUACGUUGGAGGACCCCACGAUGCUUGAUAUAAUCCGUUACCAGGCAUUAGCAUUUCAUAGCGCGAUCGCGAUUUUCUAUUAUCGAGCAAUCGAGAACUCCAACCCAUUGGAUCUGCAGCAGCGAGUAGGAGCAAUCUGGACGAAUCUCUCGCUAGCCGAAGAUCUCAAAGACGUAUACUCAUGGGGCGAAAAACGCGCAGCCCCUAUGUCCUGGCCAGCAUUCAUCGCUGCAUGUGAGGCAACCGAUCGAGAGCCUUGGGUUGAAUGGUGGGAGCGAGUCCAAGGUUACUCGAUGGGCAAUUUUAAGAGGCAAUGGAAAGUUAUACAGGAAAUUUGGAGCAUCAUGAAUUUAGACGACAAUGUAAUUAACUGGAGGGACGCUCUCAAACAAUCAGGCAAAUUGGUCUUGCCUAUUUGA